AAAGAACUUGAUAUCGUCGGUUACACUAAUCAAGAAAUAGCAGAAGAAGCCGAUAAAAAUGCGAGAGUGUACCUCCGAAAGUUUGAAGAAUUUCAUGGUCCCUUAGAAAAUGUUUCAAGUGUAUUAAUACAGAAAUUCAUCGAUAGUAGGGUAAAGAAAAUUUGGUUUACUGGUGAGGGACUACCAUUAUUUCCGAAUGUCUCUCUUCAACAAUUGCAUGAGAUUUUUGUUAAAAAAUUGGCUAGCGACAAUCAGUGCCCAUGUCUAGAAUCAAAAGUAGAACAAGGAAAAUUAUCACAGAUAUAUAUAUAUUACAGCAAAUAA